AUGUUCAUCAUCCGCCGUUUCCAAAAACCUCCUCCCCCCACCACCGAAGACCCAACUGCCAAUUCCGACUCCGACUCCGACUCCGAAAUAUACCCCGACCGACAGCCCACAGAUGUAGUCGACAUUGAAGCCUACCUCAACGCCUUCCGCAUCCAAAACACCGAGCAAGAAGAUCCCGAAUCCGAUUUCGACCCGGCCGCAAACUACAAAGGCGUAAUGGAAGCUCUACAAUCCGUUGACGCGAAGAAUGUAUUAGAAAAAAACGCUCGUCUGGCUGUUCACCGUUUCAAUCCGUUUGAGUACCCUCAGGAUGACGAGGAUUGGAGUGAGAAAGAUUUGAGGGAGGUUUGGGAUAAUGGGAAUAACGUGAUUUCUGGUACUGGUUGGGACCCUAAUUCGGUUGCUCCAGAUGAAUGGGUUUAUGUCGAGACACAGCUUGCUAAUGGGAGAGAUGUUCCCGUUGCUCCUUUUUAUCUUCCUUAUAGGAAACAUCUUCCGCAAGUUCCGCCUAAAAAUGUUAAUAUUAAAUCUCCCAUGGAUUUUAUUGAAGAAUUGGAUAGGAUUGAAGAGUUUCUCAAAUGGGUUAGCUAUAUUUUUGAAGAUGGUACCACAUAUGAAGGGACUGUUUGGGAUGAUGUUGCUCAAGGAAAAGGUGUUUAUUCUACUCACGAUGGACUUAUCAGGUAUGAAGGUGAAUGGGUUCGAAACGACCCAGAGGGUCAUGGUGUUGUUGAAGUUGAAAUACCUGUUAUAGAACCUGUUCCUGGAUCUGGGCUUGAAGAAGAUAUGCGAGUUGAAGAGGAGAUUAUAAAAAAGGAUUUUAUGUCCCCAGAAGAGAGAAAAUGGCUUGAUAAGGAUAUUCAAGAUAGUUAUCAUCUUGCAAAUGGACAACAAGAAGUCCCCUAUUAUGAGGGGAUUGGAUGGGUUGAGAAAUUUGGAAUAAAUCCGGAAAAAGGUCGCUAUCGUUAUGCUGGUCAGUGGAAGCAUGGGAAGAUGCAUGGAUGUGGUGUAUAUGAAUUUAACGAGCGUAUCAUAUAUGGUAGAUUUUAUUUUGGAGAAAUAUUGGAUGAUGAUGAGGGGUGUGAUGACGAAACUUCAGCGCUGCAUGCUGGUAUAGCCGAAGUUGCUGCUGCAAAGGCUCGCAUGUUUAUGAACAAGCCUGAUGGAAUGGUAAGAGAAAAGAGAGGUCCAUAUAAUGAUCCACAGCAUGCUUACUUGUUCGAAGGAGAGGAUGUAUGGAUGGCUCCUGGUUUCAUUAACCAAUUUUAUGAAGUCCCUGAUUGCUGGAAAACAUAUGCGCAUGAAGUCGAUCAGGAAAGAGAAGGGUGGUUGAACUCUUUCUAUAGAUCUCCUCUAAGGAUACCUAUGCCAGCUGAGUUGGAAUACUGGUGGUCCAAAGAGGAGAAUCAUGAGCUUCCUGAAUUUAUUCUCAUUAACAAUGAACCUGAGCCUGAUCCCGAAGACCCAUCAAACCAAAUAUAUCCUGAGGAUCCUCUCAUCCUUCACACUCCAACCGGAAAUUUUAUCAAUUAUGUCGAGGAUGAGAAACAUGGAAUACGGAUGUUCUGGCAACCCCCUUUGGGAAGUGACGAGAAGGUAUACCAGGAAAAGGCUGCGUUCCUUCCCCUUGGUUAUGAGGAUUUUUUCGUGAAAGAUGAUGGAAAGAACAUUGAAAAUGCAUCCCCAUGGUAUAAAAGACUGAUAGAAUGGGCUAAAUCAAAGAAGAAAACUAGCGAAAUGAAAAAGGAGGCAAUGGAGAAAGAACUUGAACUUAUAGAAGCUGAAAUAUGUCUAGAAGAGACUAUUGAGGAUAUGGAAGAGUUAUUGCGCAGAAGUGAGGAAGAAGAGAAAAAGAAGUCUGAAUUGGGUUUAUCAGAUGAAGAUGAUACAGUUUCUGUAGCCAAACAAGAUGGAAAUGCUCAGGUAGAUGAGGAAGAGGAAGACGAUGAAGAAGACGAGGAUGAUAUUGCACCAUCGAGUUUUGGGUCAAUUGAGCCGGAACAAAAGACAGAUCAGCAGAAGGAAAAACCUGGCAAAUCACCCUUUUCUUCAUCUUCAUUAGCAUUCGCUUCUAGCAGCCUUAUCUCUGCGGUUCCAUCCAAGCUGCAACAAUCAUUUACCUUCUGGAACAAGGUUGGAUCAAAACCAGCUUUGGUUCUUCCGCAGCGCAUUGAUCCCACCAGCGAAGUUAAAAUUUUUGCUUCAGUCAGUUUUCCUCUGGCGACAGGCCAAAAGUGUAGGUUGAAUGCCACAGGUAAAGCAAAGGGAAGAGUCGAGGCAAGAAGUUAUUUAGGUGGGAAAUUUCUUGAGGUAUCCUCUAUGUCUCGGACUCGAUCAUGCUAUAUGGCUUCUGCAAGUUUAAAGAACAACUCAAAAGAGCAGAGAAGGAGUGGUGAUGCGUGGUUGCAUUCGGUACCUGAGAGGGAUUUAGACAGGGUACUAUCUUUGAAUUCAAUUUCUUCAGUGAAUAAUUUUUAUCCAAAUACUCAAACUUCAUUUCAAAUUUAA